AAAUAAAUAUGGCGGCCCGCCGGGCUCGACCUCAUAGGAAACAGGCGCAACUUGGGAAACGGAUUAAAAAUCUUUAUCAGACGGAAUAUUUGUUCAGUCAACUCGUUAGAAACGUCUUUGAGGAUUCUGGAAACACCGUCUAAACAGCGAUUAGGUCAUUUGUUGGAGUCUUGGCCCCCAGUCCUGUUCUCUCACACCUGGUGAAGUUAUGGUGUCAUGGAAAUGUUUCAUCCUAAAGUGGAUCAGGUCUGCAAGAAUAAGUCUGGAACAGAACAGGACAGCAGAGAAGCCCCUGCGGUCACACAAUGGGAAACAGACAUCUGUGGACAAGGGCCUGAGGGAGAGCUGGGAGCCUUCUAUCCAUCUGGAUGGAAGACCUGUGGACCGCUUCGUCGUCAGCUCCAACAAACCCACAAGGUCUCACCGCUUCACUAAAGUGGGAAAGGACAGUCGCUCUCAUCUACUGGAGGAUGUAGACCCUGAAUGGGUUAACCUGGAUGGCUUUGCUGUGUUGGGCGGUGCACCUGUCAGCAACUCAUCAGCAGAUCCAGCCAGGUCUCCACAAACUGCUGCCAGAAAUCAGCCCUCUGUACAGCGGGCCACCAGGGCGGACAGGACAGCUCGCCCAUUGGGCGUUUCUAAUACCAGGACCCACAGAAGGGCCCCUCAGUCCUCCUCGGGUCCCAGGCAACCUGAGAGAGCUUUGGCAGGAGCCCCCCCGCUGGAAAGGAGACGCCAACACCACACCAAGCCUCAGUCUGACCAGAGAAACCGAAACACACACAAACUAACAUCUGAGUCCGUUCAUGUGGUGUCACUGCAGGCACAGAAAGCCCAGGGCCAGAGCGCACCGGCCAACAGAGCAGUCGCAACCAAAACAACCACUCCAGAGCCACUGGAGUACGAGGCCCGGGACAUCAGUGUCAGGGUCAUGUCUCCUCAGUCAGUCCUCAUCUCCUGGGUUGACCCUGCUGUUGAGAUGGGGAAGGUCGCCCCCGGGGUAUCCAGAUCCUACACAGUUAGAUACAGGGAAAAGGGUGAGUCCGCACGCUGGGAGUACAAGGACAGCACCCAGAGGAGAGUGAUGAUAGACACCCUGUCUGCUGACGGCAUGUAUGAGUUCUCUGUCAGAAUCUCUCAGGGAGAAAAUGAUGGGAAGUGGAGCGUCUCCGUGUUUCAGAGGACCCCUGAGUCAGCACCAUCUGGGCCACCAGAGAACUUUGAGGUCAAGCCACUACGAGGCAAAGGAACAGCUGUCUUAGCAACAUGGGAUCCACCUGAAGAACCCAAUGGGAGGAUAAGAGAGUACAUCCUGUCUUAUGCUCCUGCUAUGAAGCCAUUUGGAAUGAAAAGUGUGACGUACCGUGGCAGCACCGCCACAGCCACCAUAGAUGGCCUUACACCCGGAGACCGGUACAUCUUCAAGAUUAGAGCCACCAACAGGAGGGGACAGGGACCACAGAGCAAGGUUCUCAGUGUUGCCAUGCCAGGAUCCAGCAGCGUUGCCUCAUCAUUCUCAAAAACCAAGGACAGCCGCAGGACUAGUCAUACUCCUUCCAAACAGGAUACCGACCAUGAUGAAUCUGACCUCCAGUCUACAGAAGUGCCAGACAAACCAACAACACCCUCACAGCUACGCCCUGCUGCACCUGUCAACAGGCGUGUACGCCCACUUACUCAGACACGCUCCUAUCACAGCAUCUUCUCCUCUGUAAGGGGCUCAGUCAGGAACACGGGGAACAGAGGGUCGUCCAGAGGAAGAGUUCAAGAUAGAGAAGAUGAGGAGGAAGAAGAGAAAAUACCCACAGCGCCACCUUCGGUAGAAGAGACAACAACCAUGGAGGUUGUACUGGAGACGAAAGAACCAGACAAUGAUGUUUCCCCUGAAUCUGAAGAUGAAGUGGAAUAUGAUGGAGAGCCCCUGACUACUGAGACCCCCAGCUUCAAAGUUUUGACGCCCUCCCCAACUAAACCUGCAUCUACUCGUCCUAAUCCACCUCUCAGACGGCCCAUUAAGAUCAGGGUCCAUCAAAAACCAAGAUCCAAGGCUGCUUCCUCCUCCUCAUCCACCUCUUCAUCUUCUUCUACUUCAUCCUCCUCAUCUUCUGCCACUUUGUCCACUUCUUCUGAUUCCUCCUCAUCUUCUUUUCCCUCUAGUUCAUCUUCAUCCUCAGCAUCCUCACCUUCUACAACCUCAUUAUCCUCUUCUUCACGUAUUCAAGAGUCGGCAGCCAGUAGAAAGGACUAUGUAGCUUCCAAAUACUUAGAGGGAAAAAACGCCUACGAUAAGCCCAGCAUAACACAUACAAAACCCUCCACUACAGUCGUAAAAGAGACCAAUUCACAGCAGACAGAGGCUGUAGGUAGAGGUUCGGCUUCAGCAGGACGCACCAAUGGGUCUGGGCUUGGCUCUAGAUAUGGUUAUGGUCGAAGACUUCCAGGAAUUUUGUUUAGAGGGAAUUCAACUCGAAUGCUGAAUGGUUACAAACCUGCUGUCACCUCACAGUUGAAUGUACCAAGCAGAACUCUGAACCAAGCAACAUCAAACACACGUGGUUCAACAACAUCACAGUCCACUUUACCAGACAGGACUCAAAACCAUGAAACAUCCCAUGCAACAUCCAGGUCCGCUUCAGGAAGUGCAGCCCACAGCCAGGCAACAUCAGAUACAUAUAAUUUUGACAAAUCACAGUCCACAUCAGAGUCUAGGUCUCAAAGCUCUACAACUUUGCAGAGCUCAGGCACUAAUCCAUCCACUUCACAUAGCAGCUCAAACCACCCAUCCACCAAAGACACACCAGGCUCUUCUCAGUCGAUUUCACACAGAGGAUCUCACAGCCCUGCAACUUCACACAACACGCACAACACACAGAGUUCACACAAAUCACCUGAGCGAGACACAGCAAUGCGGGAGGGAAAUAAUGACAGUAAUUACAAAAACACAGAUUCAGUAGUAACUAAAGUUGAAGAGCCUACUUCAAGCUCUAAAACACAACCCACAGAGGAGGAGAGAGUGGAGGAAGAGGGAAGAGAGGAGAGCAGUAAUGAAAAACCUGUGGUUCCUCGUACCAGAAUUAGCCCAUCAUUUGCUGAAAGAUUCCCUUGGCUAGCUACCCGUUACCCAGGCAGGUUCGGUUCAGGGACUAGAGGCUCUUCUUCCAGACCGGAUGGUAGGACCCCCUGGACCAGGGCUUCAUCCUCCAUGGGCGCCGGCAGACCCGUCUUAAGGGGGACACCCACUAGGGUUUCAGGAGCCACAGGUGCUGCAGGAGUUUCCACGAUACAGGAGACUAGUGAAGAUUUGAGGACUCCUUCAACUCACGAUGACUCACUAAAGCAUGGGGUUGGGGCGGGUUCAGUUAAGCCUUCUUUGACUAAUCAAAAUACAGCAUCUAGUCACACUAGAAACCCAACUACCUUGAACUCUUCAUCUUCAGCAGCCACUUCUUCAAACUCUGGUUCCCAUCAUUCCUCAAAUGGACACUCAAGUGAGCCCAUCCAUAGAGGAACCUCUAAUGACAAUAAUAAUGAUCAUAAUAAGGAUUAUCUCGAUGAGAGGAGUAGAGAAAUCAGUGGAAAAAAUGAUAAAGUUGCAGACCCCUCAGCGGCCCGAAAGAAUCCUACUAUAACUUCAGCUGACCCUCACAGAAGCAUAGAGGACAAUGAGAGUGUGGAUACAAGGGAAACUUCUUCUAGGACAAGACCUGGCUCACCAUCUGGAGUCACUCCAACUCAUCGUCGUCCUGGUGUAGGGGUGAAUGGGAGGGUACGCUCUCCUCUGCUGGCUAAUAGGCAGUUUGGUGGAUCUAGGCUUCCCAUCAGACCACAGCCAGCACAGAACUCAAGGCUGGGUUCUUCAACAUCUGACUCCUCAUCAUCAGCUGACUCCUCUUCUUCCUCAAAUGUGCCUCAGCCAGUUUUGACCUCAGAUCGUGAUGUGGGCAGUGGCACUACUGUGACAAAGACCGGGGGAUUAAUUGGAGGCAACUCCCAGUCCACAUCGUCGUCCUCCACAUCUUCAUCAUCAUCUAGAGACAGCUUUAGGGGCCAGGGAGGAAGGUCUCGCAAUCCUAUCGUCAGAGGGAAACCAACAAAUGGAGGACAACUCAAGCCUAGCAAUGGAAAUGGUAAAAAUGGACGACCCAACCUGACAGCAACAAAUGAUAAAGAGUCCUCUUCCUCUCAUGGAACCAGCAAGGCCGUUGGUCAAAGGUUUAUUACUGGACCUGAUGGAACCAAAUGGGUGGUAGACUUGGAGCAGGGGGUUCUUAUGAACCAGGAUGGACAAGUUCUCCAGGACUCCCAGGGCAAACCUAACAGAGUGGUGCUUGGAGAGGAUGGACGCACUAUUUUUGACCUCAUGGGAAGUCCCCUGGUAAACCAGGAAGGUCUGGCUCUGUUUGGCCACGGCCGAGAUAGCCGGCCUGUGGUCAACCCCAAAGACAAGGUCAUCAUGGUUGGAGGGAAACCUGUGCUUGGCUUGGACCUUCCUCACCUCAGGACCACCACCACCACCACCAUGGCUCCUACCACCACACCUGAACCCAUCACCACUGAAUGGACCACAGAGGAGUCUACCACUGCACUGCUGUACCCAACCUGUCCACCUGGAACCUUCUCCAAAACAGAUGAAUACGGGUAUCCAGUGCUGGACCCAGAAGGAAUAUUGGACUGUUAUCCAGAAGAGGAAUCCUCAGGAAUGGAAAUCGACCACAUGGUUACAGUGACCAUGGUGCCUGAUGCUUUAGCUCUUAAGAAAGAUGAGUUUUUUGUCCAGACCACCCUGCCAACCACCACCACCACCACUACCACUACCACUACCACCACCACCACCACCACCACCACCACAGAGAUCCCGACUCCGGAGCUAGACACCAGACCAAUCAACAAAGGCCCUUCGUCUGAGUUUGACAUCAGUGGGAAGAAGCGAUUUACAGCUCCCUAUGUGAACUACAUCCGAAAGGACCCAGGUGCUCCUUGCUCCUUGACGGAGGCUCUGGAGUAUCUUCAGGUUGACAUCCUAGAAGACCUGAUAGAGAAGGACAGUCUGGCAGCCAAUCAGAAACAGCCUCCCAAAAACAAGCCUCAUAACCUCACUGUGGUUGCCAUGGAGGGCUGCCACUCAUUUAUCAUCCUGGACUGGGCCCGCCCACUGAAGGAUGAUAUGGUGUCAGGCUACAUGGUCCACAGUGCUUCGUAUGACGAUGUCCUCAACAAUAGAUGGUCCUCUAGAGCCUCCAGCGGGACACACCUGCCUGUGGAGAAUCUCAAACCCAACUCUAGGUACUACUUCAAAGUGCAGGCCAAGAAUGUGUUUGGUUUGGGACCAGUCAGCGAUACGCUCACCUAUGUCACUGAAUCAGACGAUCCCCUUCUCAUUGAAAGACCACCUGGUGGAGAACCAAUCUGGGUGCCCUUUAGCUUUAAGUAUAACCCAGCCCACAGCAGCUGUAAGGGCAGCCAGUACGUCAAGCGGACAUGGUACAGGAAGUUUGUAGGCGUGGUUUUGUGUAACUCUCUGCGAUACAAGAUCUUCAUGGGAGAUGGUCUUAGAGAGCCCUUUUACAGUAUAGGAGAUACAUUUGGCCAGGGAGAGGACCAUUGCCAGUUUGUGGACUCCUACAUGGAGGGGAGGACAGGCCCGGCCUACCUCUCAAAUAAUCUGCCCUCAGCACAAGGAUUUUAUCGUGCAUACAGACAGGAGCCAGUUACAUUUGGAGUUAUUGGCCGACGUACACCCCAUCCAUUCGUGGGCUGGUAUGAAUGCGGGGUGCCAAUCCCUGGGAAGUGGUAACACAGGAGGAGUAGGAGACAUCGUUACCAAGGGCAACCCUUCUGCAUCCUGCUGCAGGCUCUUACCUUCACUGGCCCUGCCCUUAAAAACUGACUUUUGCCUGCCACAAUGAAAAGACACCACUACGAAUUUAUUACAGCUUCACAGAAAGAGAAUAUAGUACUUUUAAACAACUCAAUGUAUAUCAUUACAAUGCACUUUUUAUAUAAAGCAGUCUGUAUAUGAGGGAAAAAAGAAGCAUGUGUGCUCUUGCUUAGUUUAACUCUUCUGAAAGUGUCCUUGUACUAUUACUAACUAUCCUAGAGACAGGUCCUCACCCAGUGUUAUUUAUCUCAUCAAUAAUGCACACACACGGUCAAACCAGUGACAUUGGACCAAAGCACAAGCUGCAAAGCAAACUGUAAGAAUGGGCACUUAAGGUGUGUAUAGGUCUGUUAAUUUUCAAUCGUGAGAUUUGUAUUUCAUAAUGUAUCGGCUUCUGACAGCUACUUUUUGUUUGUUUAUUUGUGUUCUUAAACCAUCAUAGUGUUUUUCCCCCACCCUUUUGGUAUUCACCACAAUUCAUUAAAAGUUACUGUGUAAGUUUUGUAUGUAUACGGGACAAAGAAUAAAAGACCAAAUAUUUGCUCAGGAACUGUGGGAGAUUGAAUAAAGGUGCUAUGGAAACCACA